CGUUUCUGCGGGCCUUAACGAAUCCCCAGUAGUUCGAACUCACUCUAGCACGCACGUCAUAAUGGCUGGUGGAGGAGAUGUUUCUGCAGUCUCAUAUGCUGCUACCCGUAGGAAAGCACUGGCCGGCCAGUCAGGAUGGGCUGGUUUGGUGCACAACCGCAGAGUAUUCGCAACUGCGGUCUUCGCAUCUCUCGGUGGCUUGCUUUAUGGUUACAAUCAGGGUGUUUUUUCUGGAGUCCUUGGGAUGCAUAACUUUGAACAGAGGAUGGCGUCAGCAGUUGAUGACACUAAUACCAAGGGCUGGCUUGUGUCUAUCCUGGAGUUGGGAGCGUGGUUUGGAGUCCUCGUCAGCGGGUUUCUCACAGACAAAUUGUCCAGGAAGUACACCAUUCUACUCGCCGUUAUCGUGUUCUGCAUUGGCGUCAUUGUACAAACCGCCGCCUUCCAGCCGUCAUCCAUCUACGGAGGUCGAUUUGUGACGGGUAUGGGUGUGGGGGCCUUAAGUGCUGCCGUCCCCUUAUACAAUGCGGAGGUUGCACCUCCCGAGGUUAGAGGCAGUCUCGUAGCUCUCCAACAGCUUGCGAUCACCUUUGGGAUCAUGGUAUCUUUCUGGAUCGAUUACGGAACGAACUUCAUCGGUGGUUCUGGCGACACACAGAGCGAGGCUGCAUGGCGUAUCCCCAUUGCCUUACAAUUAGUUCCCGCCAUUAUUCUCGGCGUUGGCGUGCUUUUCAUGCCGUUCUCACCGAGGUGGCUGAUGAACAAAGGACGUGAAGAAGAGGCCUUGACCGUUUUAGCCCGCGCACGCUAUCUUCCCGUGGAUGACGAACUAGUGCAGAUUGAGUUCUUGGAGAUCAAAGCCCAGGUUGUAUUUGAACAGGAAGUCUCACAGGAGAAGUUCCCUCACCUCCAAGAUGGCAGUCGCAAGUCAGACUUCAAACUGGGGUUCUAUAGCUAUCUAAGUCUAUUGACAACGAAGACUCUGUUCUUCCGUUUGUUGAUAACGACUCUUACUAUGUUCUUCCAGCAAUGGACGGGCGUCAAUGCGAUCCUUUACUACGCACCUACUAUCUUCCAAGAACUCGGCUUGACCGGCAACACAAACUCGCUUCUUGCCACCGGAGUGGUCGGCAUUGUGAUGUUCCUAGCCACCAUCCCGGCUGUUAUCUGGAUUGAUAAAAUUGGCCGCAAACCCAUCUUGAUUUCUGGAGCGUUCAUUAUGGCUGCGUGUCACUUCAUCGUCGCAAUCCUCACCGCAAGAUUCUCCGACGAUUGGCCUGCGCACCGUGCCGCUGGAUGGGUUGCAUGCGCAUUUGUCUGGGUCUUUGCGGCUGCCUUUGGUUAUAGUUGGGGGCCCGUAUCAUGGGUAGUCGUGGCGGAGGUCUGGCCCAUGAGUGUCCGUGGAAAGGGUAUUUCAAUCGGCGCAUCCUCAAACUGGAUGAACAACUUUAUUGUCGGCCAAGUCACCCCCACUAUGCUGGCUCAUAUUGGCUACGGGACGUUUGUCUUCUUCGGCCUAUGGGCUUUCCUCGGCGGCGUUUUCAUCUGGAUGUUUGUGCCCGAAACUAAAGGGCUUACCUUGGAAGAAAUGGACGAGGUCUUCGGCGACUCUGCAGGGACAGCACUGGCAGACCAGCAGCGACAUGCCGAUAUCAGCCGCCGCCUUGGUCUCGACAAGGUUGGUCAGGAUCAUGGAGAUGUAUUCAACAACGACGACAAGAGUUCCCAGAAAGAGAAGGUUUGACGAUACUAUAAUGAGAUGGAUAUUUCCGCUGUCACCCAUUUGCUCAAUAGUCCCGUUCUAUGCCAUGAAAUGAUUUCUUUCAACUGCGUACCUAAGUUAUCUGUCGAAUAAAGACGGAUUGUAAUUGUCUUCGUAUUGCCAAUGCUAC